CUCUCAAAAUUCUUCCUGGAGAAGCCUGGCCACCCCUCAGUGGAGCUGUAGCCCAUAGGAUUUUUUUAUUGGUGAUGCUGUUGGGCUGCGGGAGGCUCUGCUGAGGGAGCAGUGAAGGGUUUGGAUGAGCAGCGAUGAGCGGGGUGAAGGUGACAGCCCUGGGGCGUCUCUGCCAGCAGCUGAGAGCCCUGCGGGCUGUGCCAGCACGGCCCUGCAGCCUGGCCGCCUGCUCCAGCAAAACCAGGAAUGCCGCCUUGCAUCCGCUGUGGCAGAGCCCGCUGACAAUUCCCGGGGGCACCCGCCAGUCUCCCAUCAACAUCCAGUGGAGGGACAGUGUUUAUGAUCCCUUCCUGAAGCCCCUGAAGAUCAGCUACGACCCCACCACCUGUCUUCACAUCUGGAACAAUGGCUACUCCUUCCUGGUGGAGUUUGAUGAUUCUGCUGAUAAAUCAAUCAUCGUUGGAGGUCCCUUGGAAAACCAGUACAGGCUGAAGCAGUUCCACUUCCACUGGGGAGCUAUCAAUGACUGGGGCUCAGAGCACACAGUUGACAGCAAAUUUUACCCAGCAGAGCUGCAUUUGGUGCACUGGAAUGCUGUGGAUUACCCGAGUUUUGAGGAUGCUGUCAUGGAAGGGAAUGGCCUGGCUGUUAUUGGAGUGUUCUUGAAGCUGGGAGCACGGCACGAAGGGCUGCAGACCCUGGUGGAUGCCCUGCCUGCAGUCAGACACAAGGACACUGUGAUUGAGUUUGAUGAGUUUGACCCCUCCUGUCUGAUCCCUUCCUGCCCUGAUUACUGGACCUACGCUGGCUCCUUGACCACUCCCCCCCUCACUGAGUCAGUCACGUGGAUCAUUAAGAAGAAACCAAUCGAGGUGGAUGAGGAUCAGGUGCAGCGGAAUAACUUGGGGGCCUGAGGAGAGCUAAUGCCCAGGGCCGGGCUGAUAACAACACUCGGCAUUUGCCAAGGGCUUUGAAGAUAUCGAGCGCUCUGGGAACACACCCCGAUGCCAGGCUGGUGUUUUCUCAGCAAUACAAAUGGAAAAACAGUUGCAGAAUGAACUCCCGUGGAUUAAUCUGCCAGAGAGUCAAGCACGAGGUUGGCUUGUUCAGUGACUGCUGCUGCACGGCCUCUGGAGCCUGGGAUUUCCAGGUUCUGAGCUGUGAGACCCAGAAAAAAUUCCCUUCUGGAAGAAUUAGAACAGGAUAACUCUGUCCCACCCUUUUGAGAGUUCAUGGAAAUGUCUGUGUAGGUUGAAAUCAGGUGUAAAAUGCCCAUGGAGGAAUUCUUGGGGCCAGGAUUUGGACUUGAUCCCUCUGAGUCCCUCCCAGCUCAGGAGAUUCUGGUUCUAGGUCAUUAUUGGCCUUGAAGAACUUGACCUGGAGCACUGGAGAAGUAAAUCCCUCGAUAAAUGAUUUUAUUUCCUCAAGUAUAAAACUGAGUUUGAGUAUUCAUCUGAAAACACCUGAAGCAAAUACUUAAUUUCAAUCCCAAUCCUGGCUGCUGAAUCCUGAUGCAACAAAGCUGACACAGGGAUAAUCCCAUAUGUUGUAAGUAUUGGCUUCUUCUCCUGAUUUCAUAAUCCUGGGGUAAAUCAUGAAAUGCAGUAACAAAAAUGG